UAGAGUUGCCACGGAAGUUCCUCCGAUCGACCGGACGAGGGGAAGUAACCGCCGCUCUCUCCGGAUCUCCUCCGCAACAGAGAUCGGGUAGGAAGGAGAUGUCGCGGCGGUGGGCAUUCUUCCAUAUCAAGGGCUCCUCCCUCUCCGGUGAGCUCUCCAACCUGAGGCACGGAUCUCGGCGCACUCAGCACGAUGACGUGGACGAUCUAGUCCAGCCGGAGGCGACGGCGGCAGGGACUUCAGCCGCAAUCGGUUUUGCCGUGGAGGAAGAUGAAGACGAGGAUCGAUGGUCUUGUAUGCUGUCCGAACUCCUCGCCGAGAUCAUAAAGAGGGUGGAGGCGAGCGAGGACCAGUGGCCGCUUCGCAAGAGCGUUGUCGCAUGCGCAUGUGUCUGCCGCAAGUGGAGGGAGGUCACCACCAGUAUCGUCAGAUCCCUACAAGAGUCUGGCAUGAUCACCUUUCCUUCGUCUCUUAAGCAGCCGGGGCCGAGGGAUACACCAAUGCAGUGCUUUAUGAAGAGGGAUCAUGAAAAAUCUACGUUCUACCUUUAUCUAGGCAUAGCUCAUACAUUUGCCGAUAAAGGGAAGUUUCUAAUGGCUGCUCAAAGAUACAAGAGUGGUGCUCGCAGUGAGUAUGUGCUCUGUAUUGAUGCUGAUGACUUGUCCCAAAGAAGUAAUGCAUACAUGGGAAAGCUGAGGUUAGCAUCUUGUUCAUUAUGUAUGAUAUGUAGUCUCUAGGCAGACUUUAUGCAC